AUGGAGGAAAACGGCAUCAAUACCGAAUCGCGGGGGCUCUUAGGAUUACGCUUUACUAUUGACUAUCUGCUGUUCAACAAAGGCACCAAGACUGAGUGGGAGGGUUCAGAGAUGGACGAAGACUCCCCCAACGCCCAGGACAGUCACAGGGAGGAGACCCCUCGAGAUGAGGAAGAGUGCCCAAAAAGUUCAACCCCAGAGGUGGGGACAGAUGCAUCCGAGGAGGACAACGAUGAGGAGAGGGUCAAAGGUGAAGGGGCAGAAGGCAGUGACGGCCAAGAGGACAAGCCCACCCAGUCCUACAUUGCACUGAUCUCAAUGGCCAUUCUGGCUUCGGAAGAGAAGAAGCUUUUGUUGUGUGACAUCUACCAGUGGAUCAUGGAUCACUAUCCUUAUUUCAAGAACAAGGACAAAAAUUGGAGGAACAGUGUCCGACACAACCUCUCCCUGAACGAAUGUUUCAUCAAGGCAGGGCGCAGUGAAAACGGCAAAGGCCACUUCUGGGCCAUCCAUCCGGCUAACUACCAGGACUUCUCCAAAGGGGAAUACCACCGGCGUCGGGCUCGCCGGCGGAUGCGCCGAGUGGUUGGGCAGCUCCCAUACCCCCUCAUGUCCCCUUAUCACCCCCUCCAUCGGCUCAAGGGGGCACCGUGCUGGUGUUGCCCCCCGAACCACCAGCUGCCCUACUUGCCUCCUGGGAUCUACUGGGGAUGGGCCGCCUUGCAGGCUCGACGCAACACCACCCACCACGCUCUGUUAUAG